UGUAAGUCAUUUUGCAUUUUUAUUGUCAGUCAACGAUUGAAUUGGAUUUACCGCAAGAAUAUCAACUUAGAAUGUUAUUAUAAAAACAUUUUAACUGCAAUUCUGGUGAUAUUUAUUUGUUCUUCUGAUGUAAACGCGUCCCAUAAACCACAGCAGAACAAGUGCGACACAAAUCCAGCCAAAAUGCAAAAUAAAGAAGAUCGAUCACCAUCACCAUCUAGAGCUGUCGAUCGCUCAAGUCGUUCUAGAUCACGCAGUUCAGUCGAAUCGAAUGCGCAUUCUUCACCGAGAAAGUCACGGUCAAGAAGCCGAUCCACAUCACAUUCUGCACACGACAGAAGUUCGAAAAGUAGAAGUAAGUCUGUUGAGUCGGAGACACCUCUAAACUCAUCUAGAGAGAAAUCACAGUCACCAAGCUCCCCAAAAAGUCGAUCGCGUUCAAGAAGUGGUAGCCACCAGCCCGAUGUUGUUGAAAAUGGAAAUUGUAAAGAAAACUCGGAUCCGAAAAGUCGCAGUUCCAGUCCAGAUAAACAAGCUGAGAAAGAACGAAGUCGGAGUCGCAGUCGAAGCAUAGUUUCAGUUGGAAAGAGAGGUGGAUCCGUUGGAAGCAAUCACUCAAAUCGAAGUCGAAGUGGUUCACGAAGAAGUCGGAGUGGAUCACGACGUAGCCGAAGUGGAUCACGACGUAGUCGAAGUGGAUCACGACGUAGUCGAAGUGGAUCACGACGUAGUCGAAGUGGUUCCCGGCGUAGUCGAAGCGGAUCUCGUAGUCGAAGCGGUUCCAGAAGAAGCCGAAGUGGCAGUAGAUCACGGAGUCGAAGUGGUUCACGAAGAAGUCGUAGCGGAUCGCAAAGAAGCCGUAGUGGAUCACGACGUAGUCGAAGUGGAUCACGAAGAAGUCGUAGUGGAUCAAGACGAAGUCGAAGUGGAUCAAGACGAAGUCGAAGUGGAAGCAGAUCGCGCAGUCGAAGCGGUUCACGAAGAAGUCGAAGUGGUUCACGGAGAAGUCGAAGCGGUUCGCGAAAAAGUCGUAGUGGAUCAAGAAGAAGUCGAAGUGGAUCUCGGAGUCGUAGCGGCUCGAGAAGAAGUGGCAGUAGAUCGCGCAGUCGAAGUGGAUCCCGGAGAAGUCGAAGUGGUUCUCGGAGAAGUCGUAGCAGAUCCCGUAGUCGAAGUGGAUCUCGCAACCGUAGCCGAUCAAAAAGUCGAAGCUCACGCAGUCGAUCCCUAUCGCCAGGUCAUAAGAAAGGCCGCGCUAGAAUAUUAAGUGACUCUGAGAACGAAGGAGAUCAGGUUGUAGCGAAAAAACGCGCAAAAAUUACAGACACCGACAACGAAGGCGACGACGAUGAAUUAAAUCAAACUUCUGGAACACAAGGGGAUGAGAAUAAUGAUAGACCAGAAAGAGACGGAGAAAGUUCUGACGAGGGUAUUCAAAACGAUGGGAACAAAGAAUCGAACGAUUUUCAGUCUGAUUUUGAGGCAAUGUUGUCCAGAAAACGCGAAGAAAAGACGAAAAGACGUAAACGUCGCGACAUAGACAUUAUUAACGACAAUGAUGAUAUCAUUGAUCAGCUAAUCCAAAAUAUGCGUCAGGCAGCUGAGGAAGACCGUGAAUUGAAUCAAUUGAAUAAGCCGGCAACAAAGAAAAUUUCUAUGCUUAAAUCGGUUAUGUCGCAGCUCAUCAAAAAGGAUCUGCAACUGGCUUUCUUAGAACACAACAUAUUGAAUGUCCUUACCGAUUGGUUAGCUCCACUACCCAACAAAAGUCUGCCGUGCCUGCAAAUUCGAGAACAGAUUUUGAAGCUGUUGUCCGAUUUUCCAACUAUCGACAAAUCAUACUUGAAGCAAUCGGGCAUUGGUAAGGCCGUUAUGUAUUUGUAUAAACAUCCAAGAGAAACGAAACUGAAUCGGGACCGUGCUGGUCGAUUGAUUUCCGAAUGGGCAAGACCAAUAUUCAAUCUGAGCGCUGACCUUCGGGCUAUGUCACGCGAAGAACGAUUGCAGCGUGAUUUGGAGCAAAUGCCGAAGAAACGAAAAAGCAGUCCAGAACCUAAUAGUAGCGGAAAGAAAAGAAAAGAACUGCCCGUCUUUAAUGAAGGCGAAAAAUUACUACGACCUGGCGAUAAGGGAUGGGUUAGUCGGGCUCGAGUGCCGUUACCAUCAAACAAAGAUUACGUCGUUCGACCGAAAUCAACCAGUGAUGUGGACAUGAGUCGAAUUACCAAAAAGAAACCGAAUCGGUACGAGAAACAUUUAAAGAAAUUCAUUGACGCUAAACGACUUAAGGGUUCACGUCGUGCCGUCGAUAUAUCGAUCGAAGGCCGUAAAAUGGCUCUUUGAAUCAUUCAACGAAACACCAGAAUUUUAAAGGCGAACGUACAGUGAAAUCAUACAAAGCCUUUGAAUUUAGUUAUUGUUGGAACUUUCAUUGUCGCGAUAAUAAAAUCAAUAAAUAAAUGUAAGUUGAUGAAGAAACUGAAG